UCGCCCUCCUCUGCAACUGCAAAUCUAUAUUUUGAAACAUUUAAAACGGAAAAACCUGUAUUGUUGCAACCAUUCUCUUCUUCUUUCUUCUCUUUUCCGCGUUUCCAUGUUUUCAAUAAUCAUAUAGUUAUACCUUCAGUUAUUGUUUUUAUUAUAUAAAUGGGAAACAAAAAGAUAGAAUUUCAAAUACUGUCCACGACCGCUUCUUCUUUUUUAGUUGGUAUUUGUUCUGUCAUUUUCUAACCAUUUCCAUGCUCUGAAUUUUUCUUCAUUGAACAGAGGAAAAUUCAAUCAGUUGGCGGGAUAUUGUCAAUAUAUUUGGAUUUUAUUGGUGGGUUUUGUCAAAGUUUCCAUUUUGGAUCAUAAGGGUAGAUUUCUACUUUUUUUUUUUUUUUUUUUUUUGAGUUUUUCUCUUUUGGGUUUCUUUUCUUUCCCUAUUUAUGUUUGGUAUUUGAAAUGGUUCAACAAUGGCGUUUUUGAGAAGAUUUUAGGAUGCUUAUUUUAAUUUAUCUUUGAUGACUUUUUCGUUUUCGUUCUAAAGAUUUUAAUGUAACACUCUUGUUCUUGGUCGUUUAAGUGUUUCCUUUGGCAAUUUUCUUUUCAGAGGAAAAGAAAAAGCAGGGUUUUUUUGGGGGGUUUGUAUGUAUGAGAGUUUUGUUGUGUUUCAUUAGAUGUUCAUUAAGGAUAACUUUGUAGACUUUAAGCCCCAGAUGGGAAAUAAUUGUGUCAACUCAAGGGUUUUCAAAGAGGGACUCUUUCAAUCGAUUUCCAAUUCAAUUUGGUGGCCUAGUACCUCAGAUUGUUUGGUUUUCCAUACCAGUAAACACAUCACUACUUGUAAAGGUUCUACUUUGAACAAGAAUCAUGACUCAGAGCCUGGUAAACUCGCUCAAAACAUUGCCCCGAAACCAUUAAAAAUGGUGAAUGAACAUCAAUUUGAGCCAAAGCAAGAUAAUACUCAACCAGAAAAGCCUGAAACCCCCAAGGAAGAGACUGAACAAGCUACUGUUAAUCCCCAAGAAAAGACCAAUAUGCAAACAAAGCCAAAGAAGGCUCAUAAUGUUAAGAGAGCAGUAAGUGCAGGGCUUCAAGCAGACUCGGUUUUGCAGACGAAAACGGGCCAUUUGAAGGAGUACUACAAUUUGGGACACAAGCUUGGAAAUGGUCAAUUUGGAACAACUUUCCUUUGUGUGGAGAAAACAACAGGAAAAGAGUAUGCUUGCAAAUCCUUAGCCAAAAGAAAGUUGCUCACAGAAGAUGAUGUGGAUGAUGUGAAGAGAGAAAUUCAGAUAAUGCAUCACUUGGCAGGGAGUUCUAAUGUUGUUUCAAUCAAAGGGGCCUAUGAAGAUGCUGUUGCUGUUCAUGUUGUGAUGGAGUUAUGUUCUGGGGGUGAACUCUUUGAUAGGAUUGUCAAGAGAGGACAUUACACUGAGAGAAAGGCAGCUCAGCUAACAAAGACUAUAGUUGGUGUUGUAGAAGCCUGCCACUCUUUGGGGGUUAUGCAUAGAGAUCUUAAGCCUGAGAAUUUUCUUUUUGUCAAUGAUCAUGAGGAUUCUCCUCUUAAAGCCAUCGAUUUCGGGUUGUCUGUAUUCUUCAAGCCAGGGGAAACAUUCAGCGAUGUGGUUGGUAGCCCAUUUUAUCUGGCACCUGAAAUUCUGCAAAGGCAUUAUGGUCCAGAAGCAGAUAUUUGGAGUGUUGGCGUGAUUGUCUACAUACUCUUAUGUGGGGUGCCUCCAUUUUGGGGUGAAACUGAGCAUGAGAUAUUUGAGGAGGUUUUACAUGGUGAUCUUGACUUCUCAUCAGAUCCCUGGCCUAGUAUUUCUGAAAGUGCGAAAGACUUGGUUAAGAGGAUGUUAGUUAGAGACCCUAAAAAGCGGAUAACUGCUCAUGAAGUUCUUUGCCACCCUUGGGUUCGGGCUGAUGGAAUGGCGUUAGACAAGCCUCUAGAUUCAGCAGUUUUAAGUCGGAUGCAUCAGUUUUCUGCAAUGAACAAACUAAAGAAAAUGGCACUUAGAAUCAUUGUUGAGAACCUCUCUGAUGAAGAAAUUGCUGGUCUAAAGGAAAUGUUUAGAAUGAUAGACACUGACAAUAGUGGUCAAAUUACUUUUGAAGAACUGAAAAGCUUUGGUGCUAAUCUAAAAGAGUCAGAAAUUCAUCAUCUUAUGCAGUCAGCAGAUUUUGAUAACAGUGGUACAAUAGACUAUGGGGAGUUCAUAGCAGCAACUUUCCAUUUCAAUAAAAUUGACAAGGAAGAUCAUUUACUUGCAGCUUUCUCAUAUUUUGACCGAGAAGGCAGCGGCUACAUCACUCAAGACGCUCUUCAACGAGCCUUCGAGGAGUUUGGCAUUGAAGAUUUCCAUUUGGAAGAAAUGAUUCAAGAAAUAGAUCAGGAUAAUGAUGGUCGAAUAGAUUACAAUGAGUUUGUAGCCAUGAUGCAGAAAGACAAUGCUGAUUUGGAUAAAGUAUUACAUAGUAAUAGUUUCAGAGUUGGAUUUAGAGAGGUACUACAUGUUUGUUAACACACCUUAUUAUUAAGAAGAAAAGAGAAAAAUAAAUAAAAAAAUUGACUGACUGACUCUAUUGUAAAUGUGUGAAUAUAUAUAUACAACUUUUUAUGGUCUUGUCUUUUAUGUCAGUCUUAACAUGCAACUGAACAAUUUGAUUACAUACUAGGCUUUACAUGUACAUGUAUAUAUAUAAAUAUAAAAGAAAUUAUUUUACUUCUUCUUUAUUAUUUCUUUUAAGUACAAAGACACAAAGAAUAAUCUCAUUUUUGAUUGAUUGGAAUGUCAUUCACUUAAUCAGUUCAAGAAAUGCAUAGAAAGAAAGUUAUUCCCUUUCAAUCUUUGAAGAACCCAAAGGACCUUCAUAGAUGUGUGUCAGUUGAUUUUUAGAUGUUUCUUCAUUUUUAGUACUUGUACUACCGACAAAGAAUAAUUGGCAAGCUCCAAUUCUUAAUUAUUUGGGAACUUAAUUUAUGUGUGAAUUUCUUGCCUUAAAAAUUGUUUGGAUGACACCACAGACACAGAGUGACACAGCAAUGGAAGAAGUGGUUGGUGGAAAUUGCCUUUCAAAUGCCAUUAUUUAACACUAAUCAUUCCAAAAGCAAUGAAUUCCCUCUUUUAUUUCUCAUUUGACUAAUAUAACACAAACAAAAGAAGAAAAAAAAAAACCAAUUCCAUUCUUAUGUUAAAAUAAAAUUUGAUCUUAUUAGGAACAACAACAAUAUUUAUGACUCAGUUUUAGAGUUUAUUUUUAUUAUUUUGUAGACAUUUUUUUAAUGAAAAUUCAAGAUGAACCUAUGUGGGGUAAUGUUUCUUGAGUCAAAACACAGAUAUGACACUAUUUAUAAAACCAUAUAUACUAAAGUGGGGGCACUCAAUUAUAUGCUUAAGGACACUUUAAUCAGUAGUUAUAUACAUAUUUGGGCACUUGAAUGGACUUUGAAAACUACCAACUAUCAUUUGGGCCAAACCCAAAUAGGACUUUAAAAUUAAUAAUAUCAAUCCCAAAUAAUUUUCAAUUAUAAGACAGAUUAGCCAAAAAGUGGGGAACCAAAAAGUAUGGUAAGCUGUUCUAUCUAAGAGACUGAAAACUGAAAAAAGAAAA